AUGCGCGGGAAGCAUCUAAAAAGACUGGUGUCUUUCGGUUGUGUGUUUGCUGCUUCGUGUAUAGCAGUUGCUCAAGCAGAACUAUACGAUUUGACAGAAGAAUAUUAUAAAAUAUGUGUUGGGAUGUUUGCAAAAAGCGCGAUCCCGGGAGGUGUGGAUCCUUCCAUCACAGUAAAAUUCGAGCCUAUUCCGACUGUAGAUGUUGCAGUAGUUUUUUUCGAAAGUAAAGAUGAAUCUAAACUAGGACAUCCAGAAGAUGAGAAUGAUAAAGUUUUAAUAUGUAACAAGGAGGCUCUUGAAAAAAAAUAUUGCAAUGACACACAAUAUGGAAGCUUCAUUGUCCCGGACAAAGAUCCAGGAACUCUUGAUACGAAGGCCUUCAAAUUUAGCGGAACUAGCGGAACUUCAGAAACAAAAUAUACAUAUAAUAAAGUGGAGAAGACGGGUUAUUAUUGUGUUGCUGCUACAAAGGUAGAAGAAGAUGGUGGUGGUACCUUCAGCGCAAUAAUAGAUUGGCGGAAUCCGUAUGGUGAGUUACCUGGCAGUGACUAUCCGAAAUUACCGUUUUACGGUUUAUUGUCGUUAGUGUAUUUGGGGAUAGGGAUUGUGUGGAUGGUACUAAGCAUAAUGCAUUGGCGAGAAAUUCUUCCAGUGCAGAACUAUAUUUCAGGUGUAAUCCUAUUCCUGAUGAUUGAGAUGGCAUUUAAUUGGGGAUACUGGGAAAACUAUAAUGCAUAUGGAUCACCGUCGACAGUUUUACUCUGGGUUGUCGCAGUGUUAAACGCAGGACGAAACUCUAUAUCAUUUUUCAUGCUUUUAAUUGUUUGUAUGGGAUACGGUGUUGUAAAACCUACUUUAGGAAGCACAAUGACAAAGUGUCGAUUUCUAGCUGGCGCACACUUUAUAUUUGGUGUGAUAUAUGCGGCUGGCACAAUGAUGGUUGACCCAGAAACCAGUGGUCCACUAGUCUUAUUGAUUAUAUUCCCUCUCGCGCUCACAAUGACAAUCUUUCACAUGUGGACGCUACAAUCAUUAACUCAGACAAUACAGACGCUUGAAGUUCGACGACAAAAGGUGAAAGCAUUAAUGUAUCGGCGUCUAUUUCGAUUACUUCUAUUCUCGGUUUGUGUGCUUGGCGUAUUUUUCGUGAUAAAUCUGAUGAAUUAUUGGACUCGAGAAGAUCCGGAUUAUCAAAAUACAUUCGCGAUGAGUGAUGAAUUAGGACAAGAAGACGUGGAGGAUUUGGAAAUUAAUACUCUUCGCGCGGCCGAAAAUUUAGGGUAUGACAAUGUAAAGUAUCGCGAUCGUCCGAGUAGUAAUGGAAAUAAUAGCACGACGAUUGUUGAUGAUGAAGAAGAUGAUCGUGCAAUUUUUGAUAUUGGCGAUGAUCCAGAUGGCGAAGAAUAUUUCGAUGAAAGACACAGCGCUGAUGCUGAGAACACCCAACGGAAUAGUGGGGAAGAUUUUCCGAGGGUGAGUGAAGACGAAGAAGGAUUACACCUUCAGCAGGAAAUUAGUAAAUUAAAUUGA